GUGGACUUCCCCUUCGAGGCUUACGAUUGCCAGCUUGUUUACAUGGAAAAAGUCAUCCAAUCUCUUCAAAAUAAAUGUAAUGCACUAUUAGAGAGUCCGACUGGGACGGGAAAGACACUUUGUCUUCUUUGUGCCACAUUGGCUUGGAGGAAGAGUUUGGGCAGUUUUUCUGUGCGCAAGUGUGAAAGAAAACGUCAGAGUGGAGGCUGCCAGGAGAUGGGUAAUAAUUGUUCAGUAUCACAGUCUGAAUCAUCAAAAUUGCCUGCUAUUAUAUAUACAUCACGCACUCACAGUCAGAUUAAGCAAGUGAUUGAUGAGUUGAAAAGGACGAACUACAGGCCCAAAAUGGUUGUAUUAGGAUCUCGAGAACAAUUGUGCAUUCACGAAGAAGUAAGUUUAUUGCGUGGGAAAAUACAGAAUAAUGCCUGCCAUUUGCUAUGCAAAAGAAAGGCAAAAAAGUAUUGUGCACAUUUUCCUCGUGUCACAGAGUUUGUGAAGAGAAAUCCUACUUUCGGAGAUGAACCUAUUGACAUUGAGGAUUUAGUGAACAUCGGAAGGCGCAAUGGAACGUGCCCUUAUUAUCUCUCGCGUGAACUCCACAUGGAUGUUGACAUCUUAUUUGCGCCUUACAACUAUCUUAUUGAUCGAGAAAACCGGAGAUCUUUGGGUAUUGAGUGGUCAAACAGUAUACUUAUCUUUGAUGAAGCUCACAACUUGGAAAGUUUAUGCGCCGAUGCAGCCUCUUUUGACAUGCCCGCAGGGCUUUUGACAGCUUGCAUCUCUGAAGCAAAGAACUGUGUAGACCUUUCCAUUGCGAGGAGGGAAAUGUCAAGUGACAAAUCGUGCAAUCCAGAUAACUUUGCCAUUCUCAGGGCACUUCUUUUGAAGCUUGAGAAGAAAAUUGCUGACAUUCCUAUUGGUUCUAAAGAACUCGGCUUUACAAAACCCGGGCCUUACAUUUUUGAGCUACUUGCUGAUCUUAACAUCACUCAUCAAACAGCCAACAUGCUCAUUGAUACAAUUGAAGAAUCUAUAGUACUUCUCCAGGAAGGCGUUACUGAUAAGGAAGGAGUGCACAUGCAGCAUUGUAGACUGGAAAGCAUGGGCGAAUAUCUUAGGAUGAUUUUUAGAGGUGCUGGCAAUCCUCAUGCCAAAUACUACCGUGUUCAUGUUCAGGAAGUCGAAGGAAGUGGUCAUGAUGCCUAUAAAGAUAAGGCAUCUAGAAUGUUAAGUUGGUGGUGCUUCAAUCCAGGAAUUUCCAUGGAAGAGUUCUCCAAAUGGGGUAUUGGAUCAAUUAUAUUGACAUCAGGCACACUGUCUCCAUUGGAUUCAUUUGCUGAUGAAUUAAAGCUAGAAUUCCCUAUUCGUUUGGAAAACCCUCAUGUCAUAUCAGAAGAUCAAGUAUGGGCAGGGGUUGUACCUGUUGGCCCAUCUGGUUACCCUUUCAACUCUUCUUAUCGAAGUCGUAAUUCUAUUCAAUACAAGAUAGAUCUUGGCAAUGCCAUUGUCAACUUUGCUCGAAUCGUACCAGAUGGACUUCUUGUGUUCUUUCCAUCAUACUAUUUCUUGGACCAAUGUGUUGGGUGCUGGAAAUCAAUGGAUAACGGAAACUACACAAGUUCUAGUACAAUCUGGGAAAGGAUAUGCAAACACAAGCUACCUGUUGUGGAACCAAGACAAUCUGCUCUCUUUCCUUCAGCAAUUGAAGACUAUAUGUCUAAGUUGAAGGACAAAUCAGGUUCUGGAGCAGUGUUUUUUGCAGUCUGCCGUGGAAAGGUGAGUGAAGGAUUAGAUUUUGCUGACCAUGCUGGUAGAGCUGUGGUGAUCACUGGCUUACCAUUUGCAACAACAAAUGAUCCUAAGGUUCGUUUGAAGCGUGAGUAUAUGGAUCAGCAAGCUCAAUCACAACAAUCAACAUCAAAGGGCCUUACUGGAGGAGAGUGGUAUAACCAACAAGCAUUGCGUGCUGUUAAUCAGGCUGUUGGUCGUGUCAUUCGACAUAGGCAUGACUAUGGGGCUAUAAUUUUUUGUGAUGAAAGGUUCGCUAAUCCAAAUUGUCUAGCCCAAGUAUCACGUUGGAUACAGCCUCAUAUCAAUUGUUACUCCAAAUUUGGUGAGGUGGUUUUCUCACUCACUCGUUUCUUUCGAGAUGGAAGGGUAUCUGGCCCAACCAAGUUAGAGCUCAUGCGGUCUGAUUCAAGGGAAAAUGUCAACAGUGUAAAAGACUGCAAAGCUCAGUUUGAUAUUAAAAUUUCGGGCACUCCGUCCUUGCCUGUACUCUCUGCUCACAAUGGGAUACAUCGCAACAAAAGUGUCAUUAAUCUGGAAGAAAUAGUCCCUGCCAACAAGUCAUCUCUAAAGUCCGAGAAGGUAGUUCAGAAUUUGACUGUUGAACAGUCAAGUAAUUUGUUUGAAUUUGAAAACAAAUUGUUUGCCGCUUUGCGGAAAACACCGGUAGCUAGCCAUCAUAAAGCGGAUGAUUUGAUCAAAACAACCUUGGAUAAACAGCCUGAUGAGGCUAGUGAACCUUGUCCUUCAAAGAAGCCUAGAUUGGUUAUAACCGGACCUGAUCGGAUGGGUCGUUCGGGCCAAGCCAUCAAAAGUUGCAAUACGUUGGACGGUGGGAGAUUAACAUUAUCUGGACCUCGAGAAAAGCUACAUAAAGAUGAGAUAGAGUUACAAACAGAGGUUGCUUUAUCUAAUAGCCAUGGAAAAUUGUCUAACUCUGCCACAUCUUCUGAAAAUGUGGAAGACAAAGGAUCCACAUUUCUUGUCCAGGUGCGUGAGAAGCUUAGUGAUGUAGAGUACAAAGAGUUUAUUGGUUAUAUGAAAGACUUGAAGUUCAAAGCAAUGAAAAUUGGGCAGGUUUUGGAAUCCAUUGCAAGAUUAUUUUCUCUCCCUGAUAGAUUUCCUCUUCUUCAAAGGUUCAAAGAUUAUGUCCCUGUCAAGUAUCGAUCUUUAUACGAGCAGUACCUAAAAAGGGCGUGAUUCAUGCUACUGCUCUCAACUCUCACGCAACGUGUAAUCCCGGAUUGGAUACAAGAAUAUUCUUUUGAAUAAUGGAAAUUCCUACCUUGGUUGCAAAUCCAAGGGUUCAACAUUCUCUUUUAGAUUUUUCAUCCUUGAAGGGAAGUUGCACCUCUCUAAUCUCUAGCAACGCAUUGUUUGGGUGCCACAUUGUAAGCCGAUUUUGCAGGGUUGUAGCACCCAAAGAUCCAAAACAAGUAAUGGCCGUUAUCAGUGUAUCUUGCACAUAAUCUAAAAGCAUAGUUGUAGUGAACCUAUAACGAUGAUUAUUUAUUUAUUUCUGUAUUAUUAGGAGCAUAAUUUUUUAUGUAGUACAGUUUUGAACCUUUGAAAAUCACAUGUAAAUGCAGCAAUGACUUAUUAAAUAUUUGGUUUCUAUAAUAGAUUUGUUUGUUAUUCAUCACAUAAGUAACAUGACCGUACUAGAAUCAUGAUUAAUGUACUCCAUGUCAGUUAAAGUUCUGUCUCAUCUUUAUCUGCAGAUCCGAUCUCUGGUGACUUUUUGGCCGAAAUUCCACCGGAACAUACGAUGAAAAUGGUGAUCAGGUUGACAAAGGCACUUAGAAUGUACUUAUAUGAUUUCUUGUCAUUCAAGUUCAAAUAACAAAGGAGGAGCUCUUGCAUGAAUUCCCAGUUGAGAUUCCCAUGAUGUUUCACCCAUUCUUCUGUCAUUUCUUGAAUGGAUCGCUUGAAUUCCUCGCGAGGAUGAAGCAUACGUUAAAACUGUAAUAUGGUGUCUUCUAGACUUGAUGAACUUUCACCGUUGCAACAGAAUAAUAAAUCAUCAAAUGUCUUUUGGAUCACAUCCACAAGGAAAAAUGGAUUCCGUGUUGGUUUAACGUGC